AUGAAUCCUUGUGUUUUUAUAAUUUUCUCACUUCUCUUCCUACUCCUUGUGACUGCAACUGCCAGCCAAUUGGUAGCAGUGGGAGAAGGAGGAGAUGAUACAAAUGGUGUUAUGAAAAAGUGUUUGGAUACAGAGAGACAAGCUCUCCUUCUUUUCAAAGCUCCCCUUCAUGACCCUGAUGAACGUCUCUCUACAUGGACAGCUGAUGAACAUGACUGCUGUAAAUGGAGUGGAGUCACCUGCAACAACCAAACAGGUCAUGUCACAGGGCAUGAUAUCAAUGGAUAUUGGCUUGAAGGUGAGAUAAGCCAUUCAUUGCUUAACUUAACCUACUUGAGUCGUCUUGAUCUUUCUGGAAAUUCUUUCUAUGGAACCAUUCCCAGGUCAAUUGGUUCCUUGAUUGAAUUAAGGUAUCUUGACCUUUCCUAUAACUCUCUUUAUGGAACCAUUCCCAGGUCAGUUGGUUCCUUGAUCAAAUUAAGGCGCCUUGACCUCUCUUUUAACUCUUUUUAUGGAACCAUUCCUACAGCGUUUGGAAACCUCAGCAGCUUGCAACAGCUUUCCCUAUCAUACAUGGGGAGAUGUAGAUUUGAAAACAUAGAGUGGUUGUCUCAUCUCUCUCAUUUGGAGGAACUUGUAAUAAGUGGGAUUUCCCUAGCCAAACAAAAUCACUGGGUAGAUGUAGUUCUGAGUCUCCGGAAACUCUCACAUUUAAGUUUAAAUGGAUGUGAGCUGUCACAGGUCAUGUAUCCAUAUUCUUCUUCAUUUCUCAACUCUUCUUCUUCUUCAUCUAUUGUUGACCUUACUCUCCGAGACAACAAUCUGACCUCAUCCAUGUAUCGUUGGUUGUUCCCAUUGACCAGCAAUAAACUCAGAUUCCUUCAUCUCUCUGGCAACAUAUUAGAUGGGAUACCCAAAUAUCUUGGUAACCUCUGUAGUUUGGAAGAUUUGGAAUUCAGUAACAACUCUGCUUUAGUCCAAUUUCCUGAUUUUCUCAACAACUUGUCUGGAUGCACAUCACUUGCAUUAAAAGAAUUCUUUGCUUAUGGAAGCCAAUUUACAGGGUCAUUGUCCAAUGUGAUCCAAAAGUUUUCAUCCCUAGAAUGGUUGGACUUAUCUCAUAAUCAUUUAAAUGGAAGUAUAAGUGACAAACUGUGGGAACUACCCAGCCUUGAAUUCAUUUACCUUUCUUUUAAUAAUCUUACAGUUCCUUCCACAUAUCACUUGUCAGGCCUUUCAUAUGUAAAGGAAAUUGAUCUGAGGUCUUGCAAGCUGCUAGGGACUGGCUUCCCCAAAUGGAUUCAGACACUCAAAAAUCUUAGGUAUCUUGAUCUUUCCAAUACUGGAAUUUCAGACACAAUUCCUCUAGAGUUUUGGUACAUGUGGCCUUCUCAAUUACAAUAUCUGAAUCUCUCUUCCAACAACAUUAGUGGGAAACUACCAGAUUUAUUAUCAAAUUUUGCCAAAUAUUCGGAGAUAGAUUUGAGUUCCAACAGCUUUUUUGGUCUGGUACCGAAUGUUUCUUUCACAUUGACAAUAUUAAAUCUUUCCAGAAACAAAUUCUCUGGAGGAAUCUCCUUUAUAUGCCAAAUUGUUGAUGGGAUUUUAUACUUUCUUGACCUCUCUCAUAACUCAUUUAACGGACAACUCCCGGACUGUUUGUGGGAUUUCAAAAACCUAACAGUUCUUAAUCUCGGACACAACAAUCUUUUUGGAAGGCUUCCUCCCUCAAUUGGAUCAUUGAUACAACUCGAGGUGUUGUAUUUAUACAAGAACAACUUCUAUGGAGAAUUGCCUUUGUCUUUAAAAAAUUGCACGAGUUUAAUCUCAUUGAAUUUGGGGGCCAACAAGUUUUCUGGUAAUGUGCCUGUUUGGAUAGGAGAAAACUUAUCAGGGCUUUGUCCUGGAGAUGAAGAAUCAAAAGUACCACCUCUUAUUGGUAAAGGUGAGGGUGAUGGGGAAGAAUGGGGAUGGUUUUAUAUUGGUGGGGGCAUGGGUUUUGCUACUGGAUUUUGGAUAGCAUGUGGCGCUUUACUUCUCAACCGUCGAGGGAGACAUGCAUUUUUUCAAUUUUAUGACAGCUUCAAAGAUUGGGUUUAUGUGAAGGUGGUGGUGUUCAUUUCAAGUUUGCAAAAGGCUCGACAGACUUAG